UCGUUCGUCUACCAUUUCGAUGUACGAAAUGCGUUCGUUUAGAGAAAUAAUUUAACUAUAUAAUUUCGUAAUAAUUCGAUACUGCUUUUACGCAUACCAUGGAUAAUUAUAAAUGAUAAUAGUUGGUAGUAUAGGACAAUUCGAGCAUUACCAAUCAGAGGCGUCGGAAAAACGCCGAACAUGGCGGUCGCGACGAAUUCGUUUGAUAGCUGGUUAAGCAAAAAAUUACAAGCACUAAAUACGGACGAGGGUGUUUUCGGAUCGUACAUCAAAGGAAUAUUGGAGGGCGAUGAAACGGAGGAUGAAAAGAUCGAGGCGCUUGAAAGCAUACUCGCGGGCAUAACGGAGGACAAUAUAAGCAAGCACGUAGCCGAAAUCCUAAGCGCUUGGGCGGAAUGGUUACCAUCCGAGGAAGUUGCCAGUCCUAACGUCCCUACCGAGGACGUCGAUGUCAGAUUGGCACGUAUGUUGGAGUCGCAGAGCCUUCCGACAACCACUCAAAGAAGUUACACGGAGGAAGAAAGGCGAAUACGCGAAGCUAUAUUGGCCCAGUACAGUCAAAUGUCCGAUGAAGGCGAUAGCGAGGGAGACGGGGAAGAGGACGGCGCAGGGGGUGGAGAUUGCGGAAUCGAAAAGAAUUUGAACGCUGCUACCAUAGCGCAACAAGAAAGAGAAAGGAGAGAGAAAGCAAAGUUAGAAAGUCAAAAAAAGAAAGAGAAAGAUAAGGAAGACAGAGAGAAACAGAAGCAAUUAAAAGAGGAGAAAAAAGAGAAGCGCAAGACACAGAAAGGAGAGAGAAGGAGGUAGCACGAUCGUGAAGAAAUCGUACAGUCGCUUCCUCAUUUUAAAACAAGUGGAUCCCAUUAUGGGCUGAUUUACUUAUCCAUGUUUCCUCUUUCGCAUGCAAAAGUUCAUUAAUCCCUCUUUUAUUAUCGGAAAGAAACACACGCACGAUUUUUCAAGCGAAUUAUGCGAUGCUUCUUCGUCGAGAUAAUACGUACUUCGUAUCUCUUGUGGCAUAAUAGCGAAUCUUCUCGUGCCUUCGAUCUGUCUGAUAUACACCAUCUUUCGGUAUAACAUCUCUCCAUAGAGACUCUCCUAUCCAUUUAUCCUUUUUCUACUUUCUUUACGAUAUCCACGUUCGUUCGUAUUUCGCGAUCUGCAUUCAGAGCUUGUAUACGAGUAAUAUUCACAGCUCCGUUAAAUUUUAUAGUUAAAAAUUGUUCAAAUUAUCGAUGUAUAUACGUAUUGUACUUACCAGUAUGCAUGGCAUACUGUCUUUUUUUUUUUUUUUUUUUUUGAUUAAAUGAAUCACAUAUUUAAUACUGAUAUGUUAAAUAAACUGCUCUAAUCGCUAUAGAGAAAUUUUCUCUGUAAUUGUAUCUCAUUGAAAAUCCUUGCCGUUAAUUGGGAUCAAACAACAAUUUCUCCGUCGUUCGCUAUAAUUUUCUUUAUUAGUAUAUAUUUACACACAAGAUACCGAGUCGAAACCGAGUCAUCUUGGUAUUGCAUUAAUAAUGAAAGACAAACGCAGUAAGAUAAGAACAAACGAACAAAUGAUACAAAAGAUGAUGAUGCUUCAGUAUCGUAUCAUUACAUAUACUUUUCUUUAUACUAAUGUCAUUAUCAUAAUCGUUUAUCGUUAGCAAUUCUCUCUUGUUUGCUAUAAUUAAAGUUGCAGGCAUAAAUUGACGACGAUUCGCACUUACACGACGGUCUUACGCGUAACACAAGGGACCGUCCCGUCGUUUUAACGCGAAAAUUACAAAUCAUCGUGCAUCGUCUCUCGCAGCUCUAUCUCUCUGUCUCUGUCUCUCUCUCUCUCUCUCUCUCUCCUUUCUUUUCUUCCUUUUUCGUUUUUCCUCUUCUCGAUUCGUCGACGUUCUUACUGACACGAACAAGAAAGAAAGAGAAAGAGAGAGAGAGAGA